CCAGCUCAGUCGUGUUCUGAACGUCGCGUGGGUGGCACGCUGUCGCGCACGCCGUAUUUCCCGCGAAAAUUUUACGUACGAUUUAAAAUCGCAAUUUUCUAAGAAAAUACGUUGAUAUCGCGUUCAGCUAUUGCUAAUGUUCAGUUGAUGUGUGGCGUUGAUUAAUUUGUUUAAAAUUGUACUGUGGUUUUAGAAUUGUGUGCGGAACAACAGGAGCGGCCGAACGGAUUAAUCUAUUUUAUUUUUUUCGUGUUAAAACAAUAAAAAGUACAAGUGAAGUGUUCAAAAUACAUGUCCCAAAAAUCUCAACGAUAAGUGUAAGUGUAAGUUCAUGUGGGGUGAGACUAGCUGAUCGCCCUGGCGUGGUACGGGCCCGGUGGGGGCGCGAUGCAGGCGGGAGGCGGCUGGUUCCUGCCCUGGACCAUGGGCCUGCAGAAGUUUGCAGUGGCCCUGCCAAUGGGGGGCGUGGUGCCGUUAGUACCGCCACUGCUCGCUGCCCUGCCGCCGGCACCCCCUCCUUUGAGGCUUAUCGCGCCGCCUCAGUUGCCUCAUCAGCAGCCUGGGAGAAAGGGAGAAAAAGACAACGGAAAGAACUGCAUAUUAUCCUGUGAAAAGAGGAAAGCUGAUGACACGGAUAUUAAUAAGGACUUAAAAAAGGCGAAGUUAGAAACAAAGGCCCUGAAAGCGAAAAGGCCGGGCUUUACAGAUGACCGGUACAACGAAACGUCUUAUUAUAUUGAAAAUGGACUCAGAAAAGUCUACCCAUACUACUUUACGUUCACAACAUUCACCAAAGGAAGGUGGGUUGGGGAAAAGAUCCUCGAUGUUUUCGCACGAGAGUUCAGAGCCCAUCCCGCCGCUGAGUACGAGCGAUGCAUCAGGGCUGGUACCCUCACCGUCAACUAUGAACGAGUUGACCCCGACUACAGAUUGAAGCACAACGACCUUCUAGCAAACGUCGUCCAUAGGCACGAAACUCCAGUGCUCGCUGGUCCCUUGCGCAUCAUACACGUGGAUGAAGAGCAUCUCGUGCUAGACAAGCCUUGCUCGCUGCCGGUUCAUCCAUGUGGAAGAUACCGGCACAACACCGUCGUUUUUAUACUCGCAAAAGAGUACAACUUGAAGAACUUAAGGACCAUUCACAGACUCGACAGGCUAACGUCAGGUCUCCUACUAUUCGGAAGGAGUCCAAAGAAGGCGAGACAGAUGGAACAUCAGAUCAGGAACAGACAAGUACAGAAGGAAUACGUCUGUAGAGUCGACGGAGAAUUCCCAGAUGAAGAAAUCGAAUGCCAAGAGCCAAUAGAAGUCGUGAGCUACAAGAUCGGAGUCUGCAAGGUGUCUCCGAAAGGCAAGGACUGUUCCACCGUGUUCAAGCGGCUUGGGUACAACGUGAACAGCAACACCAGUGUCGUGCUCUGCAAGCCUAAGACGGGCAGAAUGCAUCAGAUCAGAGUGCAUUUGCAGUAUUUGGGUUACCCAGUAGUAAACGACCCUCUAUACAACCACCCGGUCUUUGGCCCCCUCCGAGGUAAGGGCGGAGACACGGGGGGUAAGACAGACGAGCAGCUAGUCAGAGACCUGAUAGCUAUCCAUAAUGCUGAGAACUGGCUUGGGGUUGAUGCUGCUGAUGAUGAUCUGCUGUUCUCUAAGCCGGUGUCUGAUGAUAAAGUUGGUGAGGAUGACUGCGACACAGGGCCUGCUUCAAGAGAGUCGUCGCCGAGGUUAGAGUCACCAGCACCAGGAGUCACGCCUUCAUCUAUCAUGACCCCAACUCUUCCGAGCCCAUCAAGCGGCGCGGAGGCUCCAUCAGAGGUGAACUCUCCAGCGCCCUGCACACUGGCGCCGUCACCCGUCGCCUCUCCAUCAUUCAAUGACGACUCCAAUGAUGCCAAGUCAGAUAAAGUGACAGUGGCGACCCAAACAGGCUGCACCCCAGCGGCAUCCAGCCACGCCAGUGGGUUGGCCACCAGCUCGGCGAGUGGGUCCAAUGAUGCACUGUCCUCGGACCCCCACUGUUACGAGUGCCGCGUCAGGUACCGGGACCCAAGGCCUAGGGACCUCGUUAUGUAUCUACAUGCCUGGAAAUACAAGGGCCCCGGCUGGGAAUACGAAACUGAACUGCCGCUGUGGGCCAGCAUCGACUGGGAUGAACCAGAGAACUCAUAGUUACAGGAAUUGACACCUCUCAGGACGCGCCUCGCCUCGACCCUGGUCAUCACUUAAUAGCAAAAACAAAAGAAAACCAUAAAAUAAUUGUUUAAAAUAUCGAAUACGAAUAGUUUUAAAUGAAUGUUCUGUCGCUUAUUCCUUUUUCAAAACCUUUGUAUAUUAGACAGAAUUGCGUUUGUCAAAAUUGUUUGAAUUUAGAAAACGGUCGGUUGCACCAUUUAACUAUCAAGGUACCAUUUUCAGUUGUCAAAUUGUUGAUUUAACCUACGGGAGGCGUGUACGGCUGGUUAUGAUUCGGUUCUCGUUAUAGUAAAAUGGUGCAACUCAUCCUUAUUUGUUACAUUUACAAAUUGAUUUACGUCGUUGUAUUUUUCCUGUUCCAAAAGUAGUGAAAUAUUGUAAUAUGUUACAUGUUGUUGCAUGAAAUUUUGUAAAAACGAUAGUUUAAAAUGUUACUGUUUAUUCAAUUCGAUUUGUUAAUUAUUGUAAAUCAAUGCCUAUAACAAAAGCCUAAAUUUCAGUAGGCCUUAACAACUUACAUUUUUUUUAUGGUUUAUUUCAAUAAUUUAGAAGCCUUAUUACGUAACAAAUUGCCAUUCACGAUGGCUUUGAUAUGACAAGAUGAAUUGCUAUCGCCAAGCAAUUUGAACUGUCAAAUGGAAGCGAUUGCAAAUGUGUCAAUGUUAUGUAACAGACGGUCGUCACAUUAAAAAAUGGUUUUAUGCCAAAUUGCGAGGCGCCCUAAACGACAUUACUAACUUGGAUGUUACUAUCACAGUGCUCUAAGGUAAGUUUUGUAAUUAACGUAAGUGAGAGUUAGUCUAAGAAUACAGUUAUUUUAUGAGCGUUGAAAAUCGCAGUUCUGAAAAAAUAACAUUGAAGAAAUUUUAGUCGACUUUAGAGCACAUUUCGAUUUUGUCUAUAGCGAUUUUUUUGACAAUUCUUUUAGAUUUACUUAUAUCAUUUUUGUUCGUUCAGUUCCUAUCGGCCUAAAAAUAUUUGGUCAAGCUUUUUAGUGACGUAGUUAUUGUAAGGGAAAUGUAACAAUUUGUAAUAUGUACCAUUAAAAUAGUUAUAUCGCUUAAACGAGGCAGGGUCAGAACCACAAUCAUAAAUGAAUUAUAUUAAAAUGAUAAUCAUUUUUAAAAAGAAACAAUGGGAUAGCUCUUCUAAUCUUAUGUCGGAGUUUAGGCGAAAUUUUGAAUAAAUAACCCGCCAAAUGUAAUUUUAAUAGUGACUAAAUGACAAAAUAUAUUUUAGUCAUUUUUAAAAUAAAUUUUAAAGCUGGUUACAUCUAUGACAGAAACAUUUGUUUUCGUCAUUUUUAAAAUAACGUUUGGGAGAGGGAUGGAAAUAUUUCAUUUCAAUUGAAUAUUGGACCACUGCUAUAUUUUCUUAUUAUCUUGAAAAAAAAAACGUAUAAUAGGACCACUGUUUAAUAGAAAAGCUAUCUCUGUAAUAUUAGAUGCGUACGUUUACAAUAAAUGCAUAGGUAAAUUAAAGUUACAAUAAAAAUAAUAUGUCGCAUUUUUUUAGGUGGCGUUUGUAGCAACCCACCACUUUUGGCUUCCAUAGUUUUGAAGUAGAAAUUUAAAUAUUUGGAGAUAAAACCAUAAAAUUUUGUACUUUACAUACAUCAAGGAAAUUAAAAUUUUAAUAAUUCAUUACUGACGUUAGAGGCCAGUUGUGAUAUGCAUUUAAUGUAUCUAUUAUUUUUAAUACCUACCAUCUUUUAAAAGACAGCUUUCAAAACGGUUUUUACUAAAACAAACAUGACUAAAUAAUAAAGACAGUCUAUUCCGCAAACUCAAAGCAGCAGAUCCUAAAGACAUAAAAAAUCGUUUGUUUUUUUUUCUUUUUAAGUUUUCGAGUGUCUAGGGUUAAGUGAAAAGGGCGUAUACAGUUUUUGGAUUUUUAGUCAAUUUUAAAAUAAUUUUAAAUUUUGGUUCUUUUGAGCCUGUGUGUAUAUGUCCUUGCCAGUUCCAGUUUGUUUUUUUUUUUUUCAAAUAUUGGAUUGUUUUGGUACUUUUUAAAACGCGGCAACGUUUAUGAUCGUUUGUAUCUAUUAGUGUACUGUAGUAUUAAAAAUGUAAAAGACAUUUUAUUGUGACACUAUGGUUUUUGUGUGCGAUGCUUAUUAUUUAUACAUAAAAUUGUAACAAAAUAAGGUUCGACUACAAUAAUCCAACUUGAUUCUCAGUAGAAACAGUGGUUAUGUGUAAUAAAUAAAAAGCAACGCAUACAAAAAUACCCUAAAUAUAUUAUUCUCACGAGCUUUCGUAAUAUUAGUUUGAUAUAUAAAAAAGUAUAUAUUUUUCUUACUUCUAGCGUAGUGGUAGCGAGCGAUAUACAUUGUUUUUUGUUAUUUAUUAUGAAAUUGACUAUGAUUUUGGAAUAAAUCUCUUACUAGAACUA